AGUAGGAUUAGCGGGUUUUGGCAAUGUUGUCACCAUCAGAAUGAUAUCGCAGCGGGAAAGAGGGGAAGUCGCUCGGUUUUAUACUGUCACGGAUCCUAAAAAGCACGAUAAAGGAUACACUGUGUACAAAGUCACUGCCCGGAUAAUCUCCAGAAAGAGCCCAGAGGAUGUCCAAGAGAUAACGGUAUGGAAGCGCUAUAGUGAUUUCCGUAAACUACAUCAGAACCUCUGGCAGCUGCACAGGGGCCUAUGCAGCCAGUCCGAACUUUUCCCUCCAUUUGCCAAGGCCAAAGUUUUUGGUCGUUUUGAUGACUCAGUGAUUGAAGAAAGGAGACAGUGCUCUGAGGACCUACUGCAAUUCUCUGCUAAUAUCCCUGCUCUCUACAGCAGCCAGCACAUCCAGGACUUUUUUAAGGGAGGGGAGGUCCACGACGGCUCAGAGCUCAUCGGACCAGCUGAGCCUUUUUCAGACUUCCUGGCUGACAGCUUAUCAGACUGCAGCUCUGAAGUUCACAGAGAUAUCAGUGGUGCGGAGGAUUUGACAGUCACAUCUGAAUAUGGAGGCCUGUCCAGCGAGAGCGACCUGACCUCCCUGGCCAUCGACACUGACUCUUUGGCAGAGGUGGACGAUGGCAUGGCCUCAGGCAGCACCUCCCCAAACCAACCGCCGGGGGGAGCCACAAGUAUUAGCAGCAGCUGUAGUCCUCUCCUGCCUUCCCUGCACGAACGCCAAAGCCCCUCUCCUGCACUUACCUCAGCCACUGGUUCCAUAACCCAAGCCCCAGAGGUCAGUUGGCCCAGCCGAACGGCGCUCUUCUCAAGCAGUCUGAAGAGAGCUAGUGGCACCAACGUCAAGGAGGUGAAAUUGGAUUACCUGGACAGAGCCAGUGAGCAUAUCCGGUUGGCUGUACAGAAGGAGACAGAGCAGGACUACCAGGCAGCUUUUUCCUAUUACCGCAGUGGAGUGGACCUUCUCCUUCAGGGGGUCCAAGGUGAGCCUAGCCCCACACGACGAGAGGCCGUGAAGAAGAAGACAGCCGACUAUCUGAUGCGUGCAGAGCAGAUAGCCAAUCAGCAUUUGAGGGGGAACAUGGGUCAAGGAUCAACACAGACGGUGGCUAUGGGAGCGCAAUGCUGCCAUCCCAUCAGCAGAGGAGGCCAGCAGAGUCCAGCAGAGGAGCUGAGAGCCUACAGGGUGCUUGGGGUCAUAGAUAAGGUUCUUCUGGUCAUGGACAAGAGAACACAGGAGAUGUUCAUUCUCAAAGGUCUGAGGAAGAGCAGUGAGUGUGGGAGGAGCAAGCGGACGGUUAUGCCUAGCUCCGUGCCCAACAUGGUGCGGCUGAAGAAAUUCAUUGUGUCUGAGGACACGGUCUUCCUGCUCCUGCAGUACGCCGAAGGUGGGAAAUUGUGGUCUCACAUUGGAAGGUUCUUGCGUAGCUCCAGCCCAGAGGAGAGCUUUGACAUUCCCUUCAUUCAGAAGAACCACACAUCAGCAGUUCACUCGCCACAUCAUGCUGUGCUCCAGCUGGGCUUGGGUUCAGCCAGCUCUGGGUCUGGGCCUGGUGCUGGCUCUGCUUCUGGCUCAGAGCUGCAGAAGCAAGGGGAGAACCUCCUUGCUGUUCCCGCUAAAAGUUGUCUCCCUCCUGGGCUCAUAGAGAGCUUGGGGGCCCAGACAGAUUCUGGAGUCACCUCGGAAGAGGAGUGCACCAAUAGCUACCUGACGCUUUGUAAUGAGUAUGAACAAGAAAAAGUAGAACCAGAUGCCCUAGAGGAGGAGGAAGAGAAGAGUGGACAGGAAGUGCUGUCUUUAGAUGCCCCUGCCGAGACGACUACGACUUCCUCACGCACUCGCUCGCUGCUUAGUAAUGACAGUCUCUCUUCACCUAUCAGCUCUCAGGAACUUCGCUUCUUCACCGAGCUGUCAGACAGGGGUGGCCAAACCCAUGACAGUGAGCAUUGCCGGGGUGAUGGACAGGACCACAGUGAGGUCUUUAGCCCCUUACCCUCCCCAAAUGUUCCAUUGUCAUUGGACCAGUCCAAACGCACGCCAAUGGAGUUCUUCCGUAUUGAUAGUAAAGACAGUGCCAGUGAGGUGACUUGCCCUGACACAUGUGAGCUGCGGCCCUCUCCUAAGUCCCUUCCCCUUUAUUCUACCUCUGACCUGGGCCCAGAGGUCACUGAGGAAUUGCCAGAGAUGGCACAAGAAGUCAAGGGUCACAUUUUGGAGCACUGGGGGCUGGACUGCAGUGAUAAAGGCUCCAUUGAGUCAGUGCCAGUCAUCUCCUUUCAGGAGGCUGUAGUGGAGGACGAGGGCCAACCGCCAGACCUGUUGGUCAACCUGCCUGUCAUAGAUGGGACUAAGGAUACGUCAGAGGAGGAACUAAAGAUAUCAGGGGUGUGUCUGGGUCUGGAGGCUAAGGCCUCACCCCAGAAGUUCACCCAGCCAGAUGUUUUACAGCUCCACAGCCAGCUGGAGGAGGGAGAGGGGCAGCCUCGGGAGCAGGAACUCCCAUCGUUGUGUACUUUCUCUGCCCCUUGUGAGAUAAGCCAUGCUUCCUCCUCGCCCUCCACCUCACUGUGGGAUGACUGUGGCCCGGUGUUUGGCCAAGAGGCCACAGAUAAAAUGAUGGCUGAACCCGCAUGCCAAAAUGAUGCCCUUCCCCUUAGUGAUCCCAUUAAUGCUGUAUUGAUAGCCCCUCUAUCUAACACAAAGGACAUUCUUAUUGACAACUCACUUACUGAGAAGCUAGAUCCCAGCACAGGUGGAAACAUGGACUUGAUUCCAGACCUUAGUGGCUGUCGCAACUCUGUCUGUGCCUCAAAUGGGGCUGAAGCCUUUGAGACUGUUUCAGGCCCCAAGGCUGACUCAUCAAAAGAUACUAAGAUUACAGGCAGCAGUGAGCAUGAUAAAGAUGUGUCUCGACUGUUUGCGGAGCUGGAUGAUCUGUCUUUAGUAGUGUCUCAAGCUCGUAUCCCAGAGGAGUUUGUGCGAUGCUGGGCUGUGGAAAUGAUAACAGCCCUAGAUGCUCUACACCAGGAGGGCAUCAUUUGCCGAGACCUGAACCCCAGCAACAUCUUACUCAACCACCAAGGCCAUAUUCUGCUUACCUACUUUUGUAGCUGGAGUGAGGUGGAGGACUCCUACGACAAGGAGGCCGUUGCCAACAUGUACUGUGCUCCAGAGGUGGGAGGGAUCAGCGAGGAGACGGCAGCAUGUGAUUGGUGGAGUCUGGGAGCCAUCCUUUUUGAGCUACUCACAGGCAAGUCUCUGCACCAGUGCCAUCCGGCAGGCAUCAGUCGCCACACGGCUCUCAACGUCCCCGAGAACGUAUCAGAGGAGGCCAGCUCUCUACUGGAGCAGCUCCUCCAAUACAACCCAGUGGAGAGGCUUGGGUCAGGGGUGGCAGGUGUGGACGACAUCAAAUCUCAUCCCUUCUUCUCCACAGUGACCUGGCCCAAGUAGACUCUGUGACUUGGUGUGGGUGUUGCAUGUUGUUAAAUGGCCUGUCCUUUGUAGACCCAACACAAAUAAACACACAAAUACACUUGUGCACAGAGAUUGUGUCACUGUGCAGGUUUCCAUGAGGUCAACGGUGACACAGCCAUCACCUGUAACUCUGUCAGGCCCCUCAAUGACUUUACAUUUUUGUUUCCCUAUCUUUUGUUACAGUUGUCGUGGAGUUUGCCAAAGCAGCAGUAUUGCCUACCUUGCACAUUGCUUCUCCUUUUAUCAGUUAGAUGUUUUACUAUUUCUACUUUCUGAUGCAGGGACUAGUCGACAGGACUUUUCGGUGCAAUAAGCGGCAAGUGCUUGUGUUGAAUGGUGAGCCACGCUGCAGCAGUGUUUCUCAUUCAAUGCAUGUGCAAUAGCUGUUAGCCAAAAUGGAAAGACCGAGAGAGGGAACUUUUUACUUUUGGUUUUUGGUUAUUAUUCGUUGACAUUCAGUCCACAUAGCUUCCCUGCGUUUAGUAAGUAGGUUUGGCCGCCUCAAACCAAUCCAGAUCCCAGUCACUCCGCCCCCCCCGCCCCCCAAAAAAAACGAGGAAAUGCGUAGAUCCACCAUGUGCAAUACACUCUGCCUGGAACCACUUCCAUCAUUCCUCCCACUCCUGUCAGGUCAUCCUGCGGGUGACCUGACAACAGAGCCCGUUAAGAAAUUACAGAACAGAGACAAUUUAGGCUUUAAUUAGAAGCUGGGGUCCUGAUGCUCGGCUGUAGAUAUAGACACUGAAUAUCUUUUUUGUUUGAUGAGUUGUUGUCCAACAUACAAAAGAACAAAUAUACACACAAAUAUAUCGCCAAUCAAUCAUUUUCACACACUAAGAAAUGGAUGGAUGGAUGGAUGGAUGGAUGGAUGGACGGAUGGAUGGAUGGACGGAUGGACGGAUGGAUGGAUGGGUUGGAUGCUAUGCAGAGUGUGUGAACAAAGUGUAAAGGAUUGGUAGAGAAAUGAAAUGUUGGUGAGUAAGCUGUUAGGACAAGGCAUUUCUUAAUCUGUAUCUAAAACCAGUCGUUUUAUAGAUUGUAAUUGUUUAUAUUCAAGGGUUGCUAUUCUUUUUUUAAUCUAAGGAAACCUCAUGCAAGUCUUUAUCGGCAAAGUGUAUAGGAGUUAUAUAAAUUUAAUACCAGAAAGCUAUCGAAGAAUAAAUAAUUGAUGUCGAUAAUUUUAUUGCAUAUUGUGAUGAUUGAAAGCUAUAUCUGGGUCUUAAAGGUGUGAUGAUAUUUUUUUUAACUCUAUUGAACAUAUACCCUGCACCCUUUAUUACCUGGCUGAGUUGCUGGUCUCGUGUAAAACCAGUGCAAGUUUGCCUUAUGUCACAGGCUUAAAUUAUGAUAAUUUAUUUAAAAUACAGAAAACGCCGCCAUGGGUAAUUCCUUAUACAAUAUAUCUUUUCAUAUAUUGAGACAAAAAUACUAUGGCGUUAGAGCAUAUUGAACUGUCUUUCAUCGAAUCUACAAAUACACUCCACUUUAUAGGCUGCACUCCACUGCACUACUGUACCGUUUAAUGUGUUUACAGACUGGUAAUGUAGAGGGGUCGUAGUCCAGUUAAGGGUCAUUAGCCCUGUCCUCUGACACACAAAUCACAAUGAGAUCCCACCAUUUGUUUUCUGGUUCCUGUUGAAGUUCCCGCAAUGCCGUCUGUGCUGUAUGUCUACAGAACCGUAGCUGCACUCUGAGGGAAAAAAGAUUCAAUAAACGAAUACUUGGA